AAUCUGUUGUUAUCAAUAAUGCAGUCAGUUGAAGAUGUUGCAUUAGAGGAUGUGUGGAAGCUGCUGCAGUGGGCAUGUAGUAAUGAAGUGGAUGUUGCAAGAAAGAUUGCAGAGAAGUUUUGUCAAUCAGUGGAGAAGGAGUCUGGUCGCACUUUACUUCACUUUGCUGCUGAACUUGAUGAUCGUGAGGCAGUCGAGUGUCUGUUGGAGAAGAAGGCUGAUGCAGAUGCUAAAGAUAAGGAUGGUAAGAGACCACACCAACUGACUGAUGGUAAACUGAGAAGACGACUGAUGAAAGCAAUAGAUGAACAGAAGUAUGCUGUUCUGUAUGCUAAGGGCACAGUGAGGCCAGAAAUUAUGAAAUUGUGUUUCAUUGGUAAAGAAGGAGCAGGAAAGACGACACUCAUGGAGGCUCUCAAACGAGGAUUGUUGAAGUGGAUUUUUGCAAACGAGAAUCAAGCAGAUGACCCAAAAUGUGAAGAGGAACGCACAAUUGGUAUCAACGUGAUGACAGUCGACAUUCCAGGAGUGGGUCGCUUGUCAGUGUGGGACUUUGCAGGUCAAGGGCAGUUCCACAAAACACACGGCCUUUUCUUUUCGUCCAACUCGUUCUUCAUCCUGCUAGUGAGUCUAGUGAGAGGAGAGGAGAGACGACUGUGCAGUGUUGAGGAGUUGCUAGAAGAGCUUCAGUAUUGGCUCUCAUUUCUCAGAGCCAUUUUGGAUGCAGAGUUUAUACCCACAGUGUUGAUAGCUGGCAGUCACAUAGAUUACUGUCCAGGGCGUCAGGGUGUCUUGCAGCGUGUGGUCGACCGCAUGCGUGAGCUGUUCAAAGGCAAGAUCAACAUCAUUGAAGUUUGUUUUGUUCUCGACUGCAGGAGGAGCAGGUCAGCUGAAAUGAAACAACUAAAGAAAGUUCUCUGUGAUGUGAAGCAGCAGUUGCAGCAGUCUGCUCCUCUGUAUCCUCGUCUUUGUCAGCCAGUCGUGUCUAAGUUGCUUCCUUCUCUUCGUAAGAAACAAGAAGAUCCGUUCAUGGAGAAGGCAACACUGAUGGAGAUGAUUGAGCAGGAAGCAUGUCCAGGACAAGAGAAGAAGGUUGUAGAGAAGGUAGUUGAUUUUUUAGAUGAUUCAGGAGAGAUUGCUGUUGCCGGUGAUGUGGCAGCUCUCAAUCCUGCAUCUCUACAUCAUUAUGCCAUCGGUCCUCUCAUUGCUUCUGAGGAUUUCAAGUGGCACGUCAAAUCUGAAAGGAAGGAUGUAACAGUAACAAGAGGAGAAGCAGAAAAGUCAAUCAGUGAUUUCCAGAAAGAUAAGAAGAUUCACAUUCAACUCAACACAGAUAAAAUCCUUACAAUGAGUAAAUCUCUUGGCAUCUGCUUCAAAGUGGAAGGCAGAUACGACACGUACAUGUUUCCAGCUCUCUUGCCUCCUAAGGAUCUGUCUGUCAUGUGGAAGAGAGAUGAGAGUAAGAAAGUGUAUGUCGGUCGACGUCAAGUGUGCAGCAGUCAGACGACCAUCUUCAGUCCGUCUGCAUUUGGUAUGUUUCAAUCUAAAGUUUGCACUACAUUAGAUAAGAAAGCACAGCUGUGGAGGAAUGGACUGAUCCUAUCACAAGGUGAUACAGUUUCUAAUCGUGUUGCAUGUUUGGUUGCCAUGGUAGAUCCUGUUCGUUCUGUCGACUUUGUAUGUCGUGGAGGUAAGGCAACAGAAGCAGAAUGUGUUUCCCUACUCGACACUGUCAUGUCUCUUUGGAGAGAUAUGUUAGACAGAUACAGUCAGGGCACUGAAUAUGAGACUGACUAUCUGAGCAGAAAGCAUUUAGAGGAACACAAAGAACUGAAACAAGUUGCUGUUUACUCAGGAGAGGAAAUCAAGGAAGCAAAGGCAAAGAAGAAAGGGCCAUUUACAGUAGUAACACAAGUAGUUGGUGAUGAGCUAGUGGAAGAUAGUCUUGCUGACCUGCUGGUUAUUCUCCCUUCCAAACAAGCAACUCCACUUUCUCCCAGUCCAGUUGCAAAGGCUGUUAUUGAGUAUGGUGUAGAUCAAUGGUAUUCAUUUGGAGAAAGAUUAGGUUUUAAUUUCUCUCAGAUUAGUGCCAUGUCUCAUGACAAAGUGUCUCCUGCUGAUAAAUUAUCUGCAAUUAUUCAAGUGAAGACUGAGGAAGUUGGUGAUAUGAAGAAGAUGGAUGAUCUGCUACUGAAGGCAUGUGCACUGUUGCCGGAUCCCAUUCAUGCAGCAGUCAAGAGAAGCUUGUCAUCUUCCCAAUAUGAUUGUAGCUCAUAAGUGUGACCGUUAUAUAAACAUUAUAGUCCCAUAAAUUGGCAUAAUGUCUGUGUUGGUGUGGAGAGUGUGAAGUGUGUGUAUCUGCUAGCAAUCAUAGUGACACUUGGGGUAAAAAGAAUUUCAUGUCAUCACCAGACAUCAUGCUAAUAAAUGUAUUGUUGUAUUUACAGUA